AUGGAAAAAUAUAUUAAGUCAUUCUUAUUUUUUAAAAUUGCUACGUUUAUACUUUUAACUUGGAUAGUCCAUUUUAACGUUGAUCAGUGUUCUUUUAGCAAAUUUUUGGAUGAAAGCUGGAAAUAUCGUAGAAAAUUUUAUAUAAAUACUUAUCGUUUACUGGCAAAAUAUAAACGAGAUAAUGCUUCAAAUGAUGUAGGAUUAAAAGAAGAAAUACCAAAUCAUACAGUUAAAGAAGAAAAAUAUGUAUGUAAUAAUGGCUGGGGGACAUCAGGAAAAAAGGUAAAGUCAUGUAAAAGUUCAUCAAUGUAUGUGGUAGGUCAUAAACCAACUAUGAAAAAUAAAUCAAAUAUAUUUGAAACAAAGAAAUAUUCUCAUCUUGAAAAAAAAAUAUUCAAAGAACUUGACUAUAUGGAUUUUCUUAAAAAUAACAGGACACUUAGUGAAAGGAUUUACUAUAAAAUAAUACGUAAAAAAUACGGAUUACGAAUAGGUUUACCUUUAUUUUUGUUCUUAUUUUUAGCAACUUCACUUAUAUUAGAUGUAACUUGUAAUAUGGGGCUUAUAAAGGAAUGGUUUAAUAUACUGAAUGCUCUUCCUAUAGGUAAAUGGUACAUGUAUUUAGAUAAAUUGUUGAGGAAUUCUCCUUAUAAAUGGUUUUUCCAGUCUAUGAAAAAAUUAGAUAAUGUGGUAAAAGGUAGAGGGUGUAAAGCUAGAAGUGAUGGAUAUAUUUAUGUCAGUACUUUUUUAGGUCUUUUUAUAUAUGUCAUACCUUUUAUUAUAUUAGGAAUAACAAUUAUAUUAGGAAUUGUAUAUUACCAUAAAAAAGUUAAAAAAUAUGAAAAAAUUAAGUUCAGGAAAAGAUAA